GACUUUGUCACCUCUGUGCCCACCAUUCCUAGCAUGUAGACUGAAAGAUUUUGAAAGCAUCAAAGAAGACUGUGACAUUGUUCUAUUUAUAACCCUUUCCCCACCUUACCAAUCAUUGGUAGAAAGAUUCUAGCUUUUAAGACUGUCCUUGAAACCAUAAUUUGUGACCAUUCAAAGGAAAACUGUUGAGCAGUACUUAAAUGUAGGUAGUUCUAACUUGGGGUUUAUGGAGCACCAUUCAAAUGGAAAUAAUUGAUGAGAAAUUACCUGGUUAGGUUUGUGUUCUUUAACUGAGUUUCUACGACGAGCGAGGUGAGCCCCCUCCUGUGCGGCACGUGAGACGUUUAUUUCAUCCAGCGGUUAGUGGGAGGAUACCGAGACCUCCACGACCACGAGCAACCAAUAUGCAUUUUGGAGGAUCUGGAGGCAGUGGUCUUUCCUCCUCUUCCUCCUCCUCUUCCACUUCUGCCCGUGAGAGCAUGGAUCCUAUAGCAGAGCUUCUGUCCCAGCUCUCUGGCGUUCGAAGACAAGCUCAGCAGCCCCAGGCUCCCAUGCCUAUGCAGUCACAGCUUCAGUUACUUCAACAGCAGUUACAGCUAGAAAGACAGCAAGUGCAGCAGACAAGGGAGCGGCUGGAAAGACUUCCAGCACGGAGGCAGAUGGCGGCAGCUGCUGCUGCUGCGGCGAGUAGCAGUGCGCCGACUACAUCGACGGUUAGCGCUCAAGAAAGCAGCAGUUCCCCAUCUUCUUCAUUUCUUCUUGCCAGGGCCAAUGAACCAUCAUUGUCCGAAGCCGAGCAGGAAACCCUAGAACGCGAGCGCGCAGACCGAAGCCUGUUCGUGCAGGAUCUUAUUCUGUCGACACUUGGAUCAGCAGCGUUUAGACGCAGAGCCCGUCCGAGCUCUUCAGUUCGGGAGACAACGGCUGGAUUUGCAAGUCUAACCCUACAGGAUAGCGCCGGAAUUCAGGCUAGUGCUAAUGAAAUGCGGGCAGAGGCCCAGGACUGUAAUGUAAUCGAACAGGACAUUACUGUUCAAGAUAUGGAGCUUAUAACACUGGAAACGGAGGAAGAUAAAGAUUCCUAGCGCAGGCAGGGAUUGUUGGUUUCAAUCAAAUUUUACCCUCCAUGUAGGUACAGAAAUGAAUUUUCAUUGACGUUAAUUCGCGGUUUGCCGUCGUUUUAGACCGUCGUGGAGAACGUGCACUCGCCCGACCCCAGCAAGAGGACAGACAAGAAGAAGAAGAGGCAGAGGCUAAGUUAUAAACGCCUUGGUCGCGCGUGUAAACAUAGCAUCAAUCUACCCUUGACGAAAUGCCGCAUCAUAAGAGAAUAGCUAUGAUUGCGCGCAUUUUUAUAGUUGGAGAAAUAAUUAGAUAGGGUUGGAAAAAAUAAAUUUUAAUGAAUGACA